UAAAGCGUGUUAUGGUUGGAAAUUUGACCGGUCGUCCUCUGAACCGAGUUUCCAGUCGCCCUUCAGCACAGAAACAGAGCUCUUCACGCCUAAAACACACACCAUCCUCGCGUUAAACCAUGGCAGGGACAGUUGCACGGAAAGCUGUCGACUACCUGAAGAGCAAAGACUUUCGGGAUUAUUUGAUGAGCACGCAUUUCUGGGGUCCUGUAGCAAACUGGGGUCUUCCUAUAGCCGCCAUCACAGAUAUGAAGAAGAGCCCAGAGAUUAUCAGUGGCAGGAUGACCUUCGCUCUGUGCUGUUAUUCUCUGCUCUUCAUGAGGUUUGCCUACAAGGUGCAGCCACGCAACUGGCUACUGUUUGCGUGCCAUAUAACCAAUGAGUCAGCACAGCUAAUCCAGGGAAGUCGUCUCAUCAAAUACAAAAUGGAGAAGAAGGUGGGAUCUUAGGGACAGUGUGAAGCAGAUGGAGAACGUUCACUGCAGAGUGGUACCACGCUGCUAUGACAACCACCUAAACCAGGACAUCAAAAAGUUUUAUCUAAUCAUUGAAACCAUGGCACUUACACCAUGACAUAUUCCCAUGAUUGAUCAACCUCAUGAAGUCACUUUUUACUAUAUAGAGAGAAAAACUCAGACACUUUCCUCCAAGAUUUAAGGUCAACUGCUGUGAUUUAUUUUUAGAUUUUUGCAACAUUCAACAUGACACAAAAGUAAAAUGUAGGUGAAUGUGCACCCAGCUAACCAGCCUGACAGUUAGAUGCUUUGGACACUGAAUCUACUUGCUUACUUAAAAACACAUUCAGACAAGGCUAAAACAAUCAUUAUUUACAAAAUCAUCUCAUUUCAGGUCAGCAUUAUCAGCAUUAACAUUUUUAUCACCUUAUUACCACCUUAGUAAUUUGAAUUUUCAUCAUAUUUCAUUAGAGAACUUAGCCUGAGGUCAGUCUGUGCAAAUAUGCCCACACCAUGGCAGAUUAUCACUGGCUAAGAAUAUGGAUUUUCAUUCAUUAACCUUUACUUAAACAUAGAAACACACAGAGAGGUAAGCCCUUUGUGUGUUGAUCCCUGGAGCCACAUAUUACGCUGUACAUUGAAAACAGAUUGUGUAGUGUAAAUGAUGAUUUAAUUUAACAUCGUUUCGUUACAGUAUAAUAAAUAAUGACUGUUCAAGGAAAUAUUUAAAUAAUACAAAAUAAAUAUAUACGUAUUUUUAAGUGUCGAAUCUGCCCACAUUGUAAAUCUGUAUAAUUAGACUUGCUCUGUCUAGGUUAUAAUCCCACGUGACUGGGCAAGACAGGCUGCUUCUGUCAGUGCUGACCAAACAUGUACCAUUUGUUGUUAUGUGUCAUUCACAUUAAUUUAUUGUCAUUGUAUACUUUACAUUAUUUGUCCCUGAUUAAUGAUUUGAUUCUCUGGGUUUGUUUAAAUAAACUGGCUUUAACCAACUUGAACACAA